CCGAUGACGGCAUCGGAGCGCGCCGUGCCCGGACUGUGAGCCUCGACUACUGGACCCCUGGUUGUGUUCGCACCCAGGCAGGGCCUGGAAGUCUUCUUGCACAUGGGGUUGGAGGCACCGCGGCUGCCGGUGGCGGAGGAGGCUCCGGUGCGGGUGGCCCUGCGAGUCCGCCCCCUGCUGCCCAAGGAGCUGCUGCAUGGCCACCAGAGCUGCCUGCGGGUAGAGCCUGCGCUCGGCCGUGUCACCCUGGGGCGCAAUCGCCACUUCGACUUCCACGUGGUGCUGGCAGAGGACGUGGGCCAGGAGGCCGUGUACCAGACCUGCGUGCAGCCUCUCCUCGAGGCUUUCUUUGAGGGUUUCAAUGCCACGGUCUUCGCUUAUGGCCAGACGGGCUCUGGGAAGACAUACACCAUGGGUGAAGCCAGUGUGGCCUCGCUCCACGAAGACGAGCAGGGCAUCAUUCCGAGGGCAAUGGCCGAGGCCUUCAAGCUGAUCGAUGAGAACGACCUCCGGGACUGCCUGGUGCACGUGUCCUACCUGGAGGUGUACAAGGAGGAGUUCCGGGACCUGCUGGAGGUGGGCACUGCCAGCCGUGACAUCCAGCUGCGUGAAGAUGAGCGAGGCAAUGUCGUGCUGUGCGGGGUGAAGGAGGUGGACGUAGAGGGCCUGGACGAGGUGCUGAGCCUGCUGGAAAUGGGCAACGCGGCGCGGCACACAGGGGCCACGCACCUCAACCGUCUGUCCAGCCGCUCCCACACAGUCUUCACAGUGACCUUGGAGCAGCGGGGCCGUGCCACCAGCCGCCCGCCCCGGCCCGCAGCGGGCCAGCUGCUGGUCUCCAAGUUCCACUUCGUGGACCUGGCGGGCUCUGAGAGGGUCCUCAAGACCGGCAGCAGUGGUGAGCGGCUCAAGGAGAGCAUUCAGAUCAACAGCAGCCUCCUGGCACUGGGCAACGUCAUUAGCGCCCUGGGUGACCCGCAGCGCCGAGGCAGCCACAUUCCCUACCGGGACUCCAAGAUCACACGGAUCCUCAAAGACUCGCUGGGCGGCAACGCCAAGACACUGAUGAUUGCCUGUGUCAGCCCGUCCUCCUCGGACUUCGAUGAGACCCUCAACACCCUCAACUAUGCCACCCGCGCGCAGAAUAUCCGCAACCGCGCUGCGGUCAACUGGCGACCGGAGGCUGAGCGGGCGCCAGAGGAGGCAGUGGCAGGGCUGGGGGUGCGGGCGCCGCCACGGCACCGCUCAGAGACACGCAUCAUCCAUCGUGGACGGCGCGCCCCAGGCCCCACUGCCGCAGCCACCACCACUGCUGCCACUGCCACCUGCUCCUCUUCCUCUUCUUCUCCCUCCGCGGCCGCCGCCCGCCUGGGCGCCGAGUGUGCGCGCUACCGAGCCCGUACCCACGCGGCCUAUACCCUCCUGCGCGAGCUGCAGGCGGAGCCCUGGCUUCCCGGUGCUGCGGCGCGCAAGGUGCGCGACUGGCUGUGUACCGUGGAAGGCGAACGUAGCAGUCUGAGCUCCGCUUCGGGGCCUGACAGCGGCAUUGAGAGUGCAGCCGCCGAGGACCAGCUGGUGCAAGGGUCCGAAGGACGAAAGAUGGCCAUGGGCCAGGAAGACGAGGGGGCGCGGCAGCUGCUGAUCCUGCAGAGCCAGGUGGCGCGGCUGGAGGAAGAGAACCGAGACUUCCUGGCUGCACUGGAGGACGCCAUGGAGCAGUACAAGCUGCAGAGUGACCGGCUGCGUGAGCAGCAGGAGGAGAUGGUGGAGCUGCGCCUGCGACUGGAGAUGGUUCGACCGGGCUGGGGGGCCCCAGGGCUCCUGCAGGGUCUGCCUCCUGACUCCUUCAUGCCACGGCCUCACACAGCCCCGCUGGGGGGUUCCCACAACCACAUGCUGCUGCCUGCGGCUUGUCCUCCCGGAGUUGAAGUUGGCCCUGAGCACUGGAAAGAGGUGGUGGAUGGUAGGGAGGCUGGAGCUGAACUGCCGUCAGAAAAGCCGGGAAGCGGCUCUUCAGCUACAUCCGAGGAGGGAAAGGAGGAGGACGAAGAGCCACCUCGGCGGGCCUUGCAACUGCGCAGAAAUGGGAUCAGCACGUGGAGCCAGAAGGCAGGGGCCUGUCCUGAGUGUCCGUCAGAUGGGAAGGGCCCAGAACCUCCCCUCGCAGAGCUGGAUGCAGCCGUCCCGGGGUCCAGAGUGGUUGGUGGGAGCAAGGCGCAGGCCCGCCAGGCUCCUGCUGCCAUGGCCUCAGAGUGGCGGCUGGCCCAGGCCCAGCAGAAGAUCCGGGAGCUGGCCAUCAACAUCCGCAUGAAGGAGGAACUCAUCGGCGAACUGGUCCGCACAGGGAAGGCAGCCCAGGCCCUAAACCGCCAGCACAGCCAGCGCAUCCGGGAGCUGGAACAGGAGGCGGAGCGCGUGCGGGCUGAGCUGAGCGAAGGCCAAAGGCAGCUGCGGGAGCUCGAGGGCAAGGAGCCCCAGGAUGCCAGUGAGCGCUCUCGGCUACAGGAGUUCCGCAAGCGGGUGGCUGCAGCCCAGAGCCAGGUCCAGGUGCUGAAGGAGAAAAAGCAGGCGACAGAGCGGCUGGUGUCGCUGUCGGCGCAGAGCGAGAGGCGGCUGCAGGAGCUGGAGAGGAAUGUGCAGCUCAUGCGGCAGCAGCAGGGCCAGCUGCAGAGGCGGCUCCGCGAAGAGACAGAGCAGAAGCGGCGCCUUGAGAGCGAGAUGAGCAAGCGGCAGCACCGCGUCAAGGAGCUGGAGCUGAAACAUGAGCAGCAACAGAAGAUCCUGAAGAUCAAGACGGAGGAAAUUGCGGCCUUCCACAGGAAGAGGCGCAGCGGCAGCAAUGGCUCCGUGGUCAGCCUGGAGCAGCAGCAGAAGAUCGAGGAGCAGAAGAAGUGGCUGGAUCAGGAGAUGGAGAAGGUGCUGCAGCAGCGGCGGGCGCUGGAUGAGCUGGGGGAGGAGCUCCGCAAGCGGGAGGCCAUCCUGGCCAAGAAGGAGGCCCUCAUGCAGGAGAAGACAGGGCUGGAGAUCAAGCGCCUACGGUCCAGCCAGGCCCUGAACGAGGACAUUGUGCGGGUGUCCAGCCGGCUGGAACACCUGGAGCGGGAGCUGUCUGAGAAGAGCGGGCAGUUGCGGCAGGGCAGUGCCCAGAGCCAGCAGCAGAUCCGUGGGGAGAUUGACAGCCUGCGCCAGGAGAAGGACUCACUGCUGAAGCAGCGCCUGGAGAUCGACAGCAAGCUGCGCCAGGGCAGCCUGCUGUCGCCCGAGGAGGAACGGACGCUGUUCCAGCUGGAUGAGGCCAUUGAGGCCCUGGACGCCGCCAUUGAGUACAAGAAUGAGGCCAUCACGUGCCGCCAGCGGGUGCUGCAGGCCUCAGCCUCCUUGCUGUCCCAGUGCGAGAUGAACCUCAUGACCAAGCUCGGCUAUCUCUCAUCCUCAGAGACCAGAGCCCUACUCUGCAAAUAUUUCGACAAGGUGGUGACACUGCGGGAGGAGCAGCACCAGCAGCAGAUCGCCUUCUCGGAGUUGGAGAUGCAGCUGGAGGAGCAGCAGAGGCUGGUGUACUGGCUGGAGGUGGCCCUGGAGCGCCAGCGCCUGGAGAUGGACCGCCAGCUGACCCUGCAGCAGAAGGAGCAUGAGCAGAAUGUGCAGCUGCUGCUCCAGCAGAGCCGUGAUCACCUUGGCGAGGGUUUCGCAGACAGCAAGAGGCAGUACGAGGCCAGGAUCCAAGCUCUGGAGAAGGAGUUGACCCGCCACAUGUGGAUCAACCAGGAACUGAAACAGAAGCUCAGUGGUGGAAAUGCUGCCUGCCAGAGCAGGGGUGGAGACAGGAGUCGUCUCUGUUUGGAGAACAGACAAGUCCCCGGAAAUGAAGAUGAGCCCCAGCCAGCACCUGAGCUCUGGCAGUCCCCACUCAGUGAGGUGGCCCCCCGUGCCAGAGAGGACACACGGGAUUUGGUCCACGCUCCACUGCCUGUGACAUGGAAGCGGUCGAGCCUGUGUGGCGAGGAGCAGGGCUCCCCCGAAGAGCUGAGGCAGCGGGAGGUGGGCCUGCCCUGGAACUUUGGGUCUUUGUCCAAGCCCCGGCGGGAGCCACGAAGGGCCAGCCCAGGGAUGAUUGAUGUCCGGAUCAACCCCCUGUGAGGCCACGAGGCCGACGCUGCCUCACGGGGAGACUCCUGA